UCACCGGAUGUGCUUCUUGAGAGUACUUGAUUGGUCAAUAGUGUACGGGGAAAACCAGUUGUCUAUAUAUAGUCACUCACAUGUAACUGUCAUGGCUGCUACAGGUAUUUUGGCAGGAAGAGUAGCACUUAUCACAGGAGCCGGAAGUGGUAUUGGGCGUGCAGUUUGUCAGCUGUUUGCUAAGGAAGGAGCGGCUAUUGCAGCAGUAGAUGUAAACAAAGAUGCUGCCCUUAAUACUAUACAGGAUCUGCCUACAGCUCCAGCAGUAAGUCAUCAUGCAUACUGUGCUGAUGUGUCAGCCAGUGGCUCGGUCAGUGAUCUCAUACAGAAUGUUCAAGCCUCGUUCAACUCAUUGCCGACAGUAGCUGUCAACUCAGCGGGGAUCACAAGAGACACAAUGAUGUUGAAAAUGUCAGAAGAACAGUUUGAUAAAGUCAUAGAUGUGAACCUAAAGGGCACCUUUCUACUUAACCAAGCACUAUGUAGAGCGCUGGUGUCUGCUGGUGUGAAACAAGCAUCUCUAGUCAAUAUAUCCAGUAUAUCAGGAAAGACUGGCAAUAGAGGACAAGCUAAUUAUGCUGCAUCAAAAGCCGGAGUGAUUGGUUUAACCAAAACAGCUGCAAUGGAACUUGGGGGAUAUGGUAUUCGAGUGAAUGCUGUUUUACCCGGGUUUACUAUCACCCCUAUGACAGAUGUAGUUCCAGAGAAAGUUAAACAGUUAGUUACAGCAAUGAUUCCACUGGGCAGAAUGGGAAACCCUGAAGAAAUAGCAGAAGCAUGCUUGUUCCUGGCUUCAGACAGGAGUAGUUAUAUUACUGGUUGUGCCUUAGAAGUUUCUGGUGGUCUGUUUGCCUGAUAUGCAAGAACAGUUUCUGUGAUAACCAUACCAUUUAAAAAUGUGCCAAAUGAAAGUGAUACACUGAUUUGAUUCAUAUAUCCACUUCUUCUCUUGCCAUUGACUGUAUCAGAAUCUACAUUACACAGGGGCUGAUUUUAUAACACACGUUUAUCAGUGAAUGACUGAAAAGUUAGAGUGAAAUAUGUCUGAAAAUAUCAAACAUAUCCACACUUGCACAGUACUGUAAAAUGGGUAAUGUUGAUUAAAAUGAUAGAAAAUAAUGAAAUAAAAAGA